CUUCCACCCCUCAACCCUCACCCGGGGCUCCAUUGGCUACGGCUGGGACCCAGCCCCGCCUUCAAGGCGGCACCGGAUCUAAGCCAAGCCACUGCAAAGAGGAGAAACUUGAAUGGGGUGCUGCGCAUGCGCACUACCGUGACCCUGCCGUAAUGGGCGGGGCGGCAGGGGAGGAACCAGACUGCGAGUGGAGAAGCGGAGUUUGCAGCCUCGGAAUUGGCUAGAGCGCCAGAGCCCAGUCAGCCAUAAAACUACGCGCUAGGCUCUUGGCCCUGACGUGAGGCGCGCAGAGAUGACGUAACGGGAAGAGUUUUCAACGUCUAUUUCUUUCCGUGCUUCAGAGGACCUCCUUUACUCUUUGAUUUUGGUCCCUGUUUCUAAGAAAAGCAACUGAAAAGGUCGUAAUACCGCCCCUCAGAAGAAAGGAGCAGCGCUAAGUAAUCGAGAAAAUGCCUCCCCUUGAAACGGAUAUAGAGAUGGAAACAAGAUAUGAGAAGGAUUGAGAAUCAUAUAAUACAGGAGCUUAAACACCUAUGCGCGAUGAUAAAGAGGAUAAUAUUAGAGCGCUUGGAAAAUACCAGGAAGUUGAGAGAGUUAACAGAAGGGCGCAUGCUGGAGUGGCCACAAAAUCGAAUCACUGAAGUAAGUGCAAAACGACAAAUUGUCACAGAAUACAGAGAAAAGGGGAGAAAAAGAGAGAUCUAGAGGGCCGGUCCAGGAGAUACAAUCUAUGCAUAAUAGGAAUACCUGAAACUGAGGACAGAGCAAGUGGAGCUGAAACAAUAAUUAAGGAUCUAAUUGAAAAAACUUUCCAGAAUUGAAGAACGAACUAAAUCUACAAAUGGAAAAGGCUCACAGGAUACCUUUAAAAUUUAAUGAAAAGAACGCAACAUCUAGACAUAUCCGGGUGACGUUUUUGAAUUUCAAAGACGAAACAUUUUACAAGCAUCCAGUCAGAGAAAGCAGGUUACUUACAAAGGAGCAAAAGUCAGGCUGACCUCAGAAAUUUCUCCUGCAAUUCUAAAUGCCAGAAGACAGUGGAACAAUAUCUAGAGUGUUAAGGGAAAAUAAUUUUGAGCCAAGAAUUAUAUACUCUGCCAAGUUAUCAUUUCUUUACAAAGGAAACUGGAAGACAUUCUUAGAUAUACAGGGGUUAGGAAAGUAUAUCAACCAAGAACCUUCCCUGAAAAUUUUGCUGAAGGAUUUACUGCAGCUAACAGAGAACCUGAAUUAAAGUAAGAAUAGGGAGGCAAUUGUAUGAAAGAAUGGUAUGCAUUAAAACUAGUUAAGGAGCAUUAAGUUUAAAUUGUUAUGUAUAGGGCAUUAAAACUAAAUACAAAAAUAGAAACAUAAGCUGGGUAUAAAAUUUCAGUUUACAGUUAAACUGGAAGGGCAUACCACAUGUUCAAUAUAUUGGACAAAUACUGUUUUAUUUUUAGCAUGUAGUAUUGUAGAUACAAAUACGCGUGUUCUUAAGCUAAACCUAAGUAAAAGGGCUUUGUCACUGUAGAUUUGACCAAUAACAACAUUCUAAAUGUCAAAUCUGACAAAAUUGGAAAACAGUACAGUUUUAUUUCCCUUAUUUUUAAGUAUAGCAGGAAAAAAAUAACAAGUUUGUCCAUAAUGUUACUACUGAUACUGUAAAGAAACUUCCAAAUCACUGGUUUGGGAGGGGGUGGAUACAUCCUCAUUUUCUGUACAUGAUGCAUGGGGAAAAACAGUAGUUACUGCAUGAUAUAGUUCAUCUAAGUAAAUUUGACAUGGAAAUAAGUGUUAACUACAAAAAUAGAAUAUAUACAUUCCAAUGUUUGGAAAAGAAGUGGUAAACAGCAAAAGAAAAAUAGCAAAAAGACAUUAAAAUGAGCAAAAAGUAGAUUGACAGUACAGAUGACCUAUAAACUGGUUAAAUAGCCCUAUUACAAUUGAAAUUGGGUCAAAAAUCAAUCUCUAACCUGAGAUACAUUUGUAUAAAACAAAGGAUCAAAGAGUUUAAAGAUAAUGGAAACUAUAAAUCAUAAAAAUAGCAACAUUUUUAUUAAAAUCUAAACAUAAGACAUUUUAUGUAAAACAUACAAUAUAGGAUGUAACAUUUAACAAACUAUAUGGUAAAUAAUAUGACAUUAAUAUAUAAAAUACAUGUUACAGAUCUUGAUGUGGGUGAUAGUUUUACUUAUGUACAUCUAUUUAAAAACAUGUACAUUUAAAUUGGUGCAUUUUAUGUAUUUAAAAUUUAUUGAGUAAUCCUUCUGUAUGUAUUAUUAAAGAGAAUAUAGCAAAAAAAUAUGUUGGACUAUGACUUCAACAUUUAUGAUUUCUUUUUUUAGAGACAAGAGGGUCUUGCUUUGUAGCCCAGGGUGGAAUGCUGUGGCAACAUCAUAGCUCACUGCAGUCUUCAACUCCUAGGCUCAAGUAAUCCUCCUGCCUCGGCCUCCCAAAGCACUAAGAUUACAAAUGUGAGCCACCAACCCAGCGCAGUUACAGCCUUUGAUAAAUCAAGUAAAUGGGAAGAGAUAAAAGUUCACAGGUCUCUGGAUCAACAGAUGCUGUACCCAAGGAGCUGGACCUGUGGAAUUAUCCCCCAGGAAUUUUGACUGCACCUGGAUUGGAUUUAGGAUUUCCAGCUGAUGCCUAAGUGGAUUUUUCUGGAAGAAAGAAUGUAUCUUUAGAAAGCAGAGUGAGGAUCCUUCCUAAUGUAAUUUGAAACAUAGUUUCAUAUGUCUAACUUCUGCUUUGCCUCAUGCUCACUGAAAUCUACAGCUAGCCUCAUUUUCCACUUGUUUUUGACUCUCUCAGGCAUCUUGAGGACUGAGAUCAUGUCGUAGUUAUCUUUUAGACUUAGUAAAUGAGUAAUAAAUGUUUCUUUUGAGUGACUCAAAAAUAAUUGCAGAAAAAUUAUCAUCGUAGAUCAUUACUAUUUUUCUAUUGCAUUUUUAUUCGGACAUGUUCAAAACUUUAAUUUUUUUUUUUUUGAGAUGGAGUUUCACUCUUGUUGCCCAGGCCGGAGUGCAACGGCACGAUCUCAGCUCACAUCUACCUCCGCCUCCUGGAUUCAAGUGAUUCUCCUGCCUCAGCCUCCCGAGUAGCUGAGAUUACAGGCAUGCGCCACCACGCCUGGCUAAUUUUGUAUUUUUAGUAGAGAUGGGGUUUCUCCAUGUUGGUUAGGCUGAUCUCGAACUCCUGACCUCAGGUGAUCCACCCACCUUGGCCUCCCAAAGUGCUGGGAUUACAGGCGUGAGCCACCACGCCUGGACUCAAAACUUUAAUUUGUUUUCAUAUUCAUGUAAACUACUUUUGGAUAAUAUGACAAACCACCAAAGAAAAAAGAAAAGAAAAACAUAUAAAACAUGGCAAGAACUAUGUUUUUAAAGAAAAAAGUUUCCCCAAUGCCUAGCAUACUAAAAAAAAAUUAAUACAUUGUUAGAAAAAAAAAAAAAAAAAAAGAAAAAAGUUAUUCAGUGAUUCUUGUCAAAGCAUGGUAAGGAAGACUGUAUUUAGGGCUAUAGUGAUAGGUAUAGGGACCAUGGCAGCAGGGUCUUGCCAUGUUGAAGAAGAGAUUAUGCUCAAUUCUGAAUACAGCAUGGACAAAUGGGAAUUUAUAGCCUAGGAGCAUGCAGGACAGAGGCAGUAGAUGGAAAAUUACCAAGGAAAUAUCAGGGAUAAGGGGGAUUCUGACUAAACCAAGCAAACGGGAUUCUUGCUGAAGACAGAACAGGAGUUCAGGCCUCACAUGGGGGAUGCUGGAGGAUGAGGAACCUGAUCAAAUAUCAAUAUUGAGAAUGGGGCUUCUUGCUAAAUUAAGUUAGUAGGGUUUUUUGCUAAAACUGGAUUUUAUAAGGAAGUGCAGAUGGGCCCAGCAGAAGAUUCAGAAACCUUACUUGUUUGACCAAGCAAAGAAUCUUUGUCAGUGCUUAGGGAUUUUUGUGUUUGAACUCUGUUUUACAAGUAAAGGAUUAUUUUAAAACUUUUGUCUCAAGAAACUUGUUUUUCGUUGUUUGACGUUAUUCAUAAACCUACUUAUUGUAUAUGUGUCAGGGACAAUAGGCUACAAAACCAAAACUAAGAUGACAACCUAUUUUGUAAAAUGAAACUUGUAAAAGGCAACACACUGCGUAGUUACAAAAAGGUACUGUUACCAGAGUUCCAAACCGGUCAGGCCAACAUUCCUGUUGUUAAAAAAAAUCAAUCAGGAAAAGUAGGGAAUGCUGACACUUCCGCAAAGAUCUACUUUCUCUUAGAUAACAGAUGUUGAAAACUGAUUUCCUACAAAAAAAACCCUAGAGAAGGAAUUGAUAACCCCAGGAAGAUGUUUUCUUUAUAUAACUGCUGCAAAGUUUGACAGCAAAGAGUCAGUCCCUCCUCCUCUUUAGGGGAGGUAAACUUGAUAAUCUGCUUUCGCUCCAGUUUUCUUGUAAGCAAGCCACAGGCCUUUCCUCUUCGCUAGCCCCUUUCAGGCUGCUUUUUAUCCGUCUUUCCUAGAGAAAAGGACUUGUCCCCCUCCGUCCCAUUUACUCUCGACCCCCUUUCAGUUACUUGGCAUCUUCCUUUCCUCGCGUUUCCCAGUUGGUCCUAAUUUGUUCCCCUUUUCUCUGGCUGGCUGGGCUCCCGCUCCUCCACUCCCGCUCCUCCCACUCUGCGGGUUCUUUCUUUCUUCCUCCCCUCCCCUCCCCCAGCCAUGCCUCCCAGCGCGCUUCCCUUCCCCCGCCUCCCGGUCCUGCACCCUCCCCUCCCCCCGCCUCCUGCCUUGUGACACAUCCCGGGCCCUCUCUGAGGCGGCAGCAGCAGCAGCUGCAGCGGCAGCAGAGGCAGCAGCAGUAGCCACCACUCCGCCGAGGCCGCAACCCCGGCUCGGCCUCCCCAGGCCCCGCCGUUGCCGCAGUCAUGGCUGCUGAUGGGGUGGACGAACGCUCGCCUCUGCUGUCAGCAUCCCACUCCGGAAAUGUCACUCCCACCGCCCCACCGUACUUGCAAGAAAGCAGCCCCAGAGCGGAGCUCCCACCUCCAUAUACAGCCAUUGCCAGUCCAGACGCCAGUGGUAUUCCAGUAAUAAACUGCCGUGUGUGCCAAUCACUAAUCAAUUUGGAUGGCAAGCUUCACCAGCAUGUGGUUAAGUGCACAGUUUGCAAUGAAGCUACACCAAUCAAAAACCCCCCAACAGGGAAGAAAUAUGUUAGAUGCCCUUGUAAUUGUCUUCUCAUUUGUAAGGACACAUCUCGGCGAAUAGGAUGCCCAAGACCCAACUGUAGACGGAUAAUUAACCUUGGCCCAGUAAUGCUUAUUUCUGAAGAACAACCAGCUCAACCUGCAUUGCCGGUCCAACCAGAAGGUACAAGGGUCGUGUGUGGGCACUGUGGAAACACCUUCCUGUGGAUGGAACUGAGGUUCAACACUCUGGCAAAAUGCCCACACUGCAAAAAAAUCUCCUCAGUGGGUAGUGCACUUCCACGAAGACGCUGCUGUGCAUACAUUACCAUUGGAAUGAUAUGUAUUUUCAUUGGAGUUGGGUUAACUGUUGGCACCCAAGAUUUUUCAAGGCGAUUUCGAGCAACCUAUGUUUCUUGGGCAAUUGCUUAUCUCCUAGGAUUGAUCUGCCUUAUCCGAGCUUGUUAUUGGGGAGCCAUAAGAGUCAGUUAUCCAGAACACAGUUUUGCAUAAGCUUGUUUAUGAUUCAGUAAUGCAGGUGAGAGUGUCUAGCAGUUCUUGGUAAGCUACUCUGGACAUCUUUAAAUUAUUUAUCCUAGUGGAUUCCAUUCUGGUUUAUGUAUAAUCGUUUCAAGACAUUGGGAGUCUUUUAUGAACAAAUGCUCGUUGCACUAUAUUAUAUGCAAAUUGUUUUGCUGCUAGGUUUUCAAAAUUUGAAUAAUAAAGCCUUUUCAUGUUCUUUUACAUCUCUUAUAGAUAUUUUUGGAUUUGUUACCAAACAUUACAUUUACUCUCACCCUUUUAUUAUUUUUAAAUAAGUUAUUUCAUUACUUGCUGAUACAUGAGUAUUCCUAAGUGUUUAUAAAUAUUUCUACAAUAGUUUCACAUUUAUAUUUACAUUUUAAUUAAACAGUAUCAAAAUUGCUUGCUUAAAAUCUAAGCAAUAUGCAUUUUGCUUGAACUGCUUACUGUAACUUUAACCUAAGAUUAUAGUGACCUUAUUCAGGAGAAAAAAAAAAUUUAGUGUACCUUCAAAGACUUGACAUUCUUGUCAGAGGAAAAAAAAAUUUCUAGAUACUGUAUGCUUGUUUUUUGUUGUUUGUAGAAAGAUAAAAUAUUUUGGUAGUAAUUUAAAAUACAAGAACGAAUAUUUAUUUGUCCACAGUUGGAGAUGUUGGAUAAAUGUCUUUUCUCAAAGAUCACAGGACUUUUGUCUUUCAUUUUUGUCUUUUUAUUUACCAUUUAUAAAAGAUCUGGUCUGGAUUUAUGGAAUUUAAUGUUUAUCAGCUCUAUGUAUUCCUUUAUAGAGCUGGAGGAAGUAUUUCACAUAACAUGUUUUAUGAUACUUAACCAUUUAUUCAAAGAUAUAUUUACAUUGGGUUGUGCCCCUUUUCCUUAGAUCAUGGUAAAUUUUUCUUAUUGAGGUAAUUAUGUACUACUUAUAUUUGAAGGAAGCUUAUGACAUUUUACAUUAGCUAAAAUGUUGAGAUUAGAGAUACUUUUACUAUUCUUCUCAAAGGUAACUGAUCAGGUAAUUACCCAAAUUAUUCAAGAAAAUAGAUCAGAGAUAAAGAACAAAUAGUUUUUUAAGAAUUCAUUGAAAUUUAUGGAAUCAGCUCUCGCACUGCCCAUCUUUGCAGUUUUGAAAAAGAAAUUGCUUAAUCACAAAUGUUCUACAGUCUUAUGUAGUAGAAUUAGACAGUGAGAUCAUCUGAGUAAAUUGAUUGGUGAUUCCAGAGAUAAGACUAAUAUUUUAAAUUAUUUAUGUUACUGAUUAGUAUAAAAACAUACUCAUCACAGAAUUUGAAGCAAAAUACAUGUAUACUUCAAAGAGUAAAUGACAAAUGUAUAAAUGCUAUAGCUCAGGAUUAUAUGUACCUUUAAAAAUACACUAAUAAAGAUUAUUGUUCAAAAA